AGCAUUUUUGGCCCGGACGUAAGCCACGGAAAACACGUGCGCAUAAGAUCGCACAAGCCGUGCCUUAGCUUGUGGAGAUGACGCCAUGCGUGCCAGCCAUGGGACCAAUGCUAGCCGUGCAAGCUAUGCAGAUGAAGGGGCAGCCAGCCGCGCAGAUGAACGUCGUGGCAAUGAUGCCGGGCCAGUGCAUCGUUGCGAUGCGCGUGCACACGGAAACCGUCAAGGACAGCGGAUUCAGACCGAUGCCUUCCACGCCUUCCACGGGGACUCCGCCAAGCACUAGCGAUGAGGAAGCUGAGGACCUUGACAACCGGCAAAGGCGAAAGCCUGCAACGAAGCCCCGAAGUUGGCAGCCAGGUCCUGUCGCAGCGGGCUUGGUGCGCAAUCCAGCGGCAGAUUUCUUUGCGCAACAUUCCCAGGAAAGGCUCCAGAGGCAACUGCAGGGAGACCGGCAGGAGGUAACAAAGGCCUUGGGAGCUUUGAAGGGCCACGUUUGGGACCUGUCUUGCCACCAAGCGGGCUGCCGCUUGGUGCAACUGGCCUUGGAGAGCGCGAGCCAGCAGCAGGCGAGCGAGUUGGCCAGCGAGCUCAAGGGCCACGUGCAGCAAGCGAUGGCCUCGCCCCAUGCCAACUACGUGGUGCAGAAGAUCGUGACACGACUGCUUUGGAGCUCGUGCAGCUUCGUGGCAGAGGAGCUGCUGCGGGCCGCGGUGCAGAUGUCGCAUCAACGAUUUGGCUGCCGCAUCUUUUGCCGGCUGCUGGAGUUCCACGCCAGGCAAGACACCGCGCUGCGGCUGGUGGACGAGAUCUUGCAGGAGGCAGCUGAUUUGUGCUGCCACCCCUUCGGCCAUCACGUGGUGCAGAGCAUUCUGGAAGAACACGGGUUUGAGCAGCAUUGCGAUGUGGUGGCGCAUGUCAUCGGAUCAGAUGUGCUGGCCUUCGCCAAAGACCAGAACGCCAGCUACCUGGUGGAGAAGGUGCUGUGCACGUCUUCGCUCGCCUAUCAGGAGGCCCUGCUUGCGGCGCUGCGGCCAUUCCUGGCGCACCUGGCCGUGUCCCGCUUCGGGUGCUACGUCGCCAGGGCCGUGGUGGAGCAUCCCAGGACCCACCGGGCAACCGCCUUGGAGGAGAUCCGCAUGUGCCUGCCCGAGCUGAGGAAGACCAAGCAUGGGCAACUUCUGAUGGCCGACCUGGGCUUUGUGAGGCGCUUUCCCAGGAAGCCAUCGAACUAAGUUGGGGGAGUUGUCUCCCACAAUUUGUUCAGCGAUUUCCUGCGAGCAUGUGAGGCAUGCUUGCACGGAGCAGAUACCCCCCAGUUAAGUUUCGUGUUAGUGGGUAGUGUGUGGGAGGGUAAGUGCUCACCAACUUGUUGGUGCAAUAUGCCUUUCUCUCACGACUUUGUCAAACUCAUGGCACCUGAAGUGGCAAUCGUGCGUCAUUUAAAAGAGUUCAGGCCAUCUCAGCAGCAUGGGCCCUGAGUUUGGAGACAAGUCGCCAAUACAAAGCGCUCUUCAGCGUUGCCCAGCCUCCCGUGCUUUGGCACACGCGCACUUAAAUCGUUCCUGGCAUGUCAUAUUGUGUCAUCA